AACCAAGAAAGAUGUUGUGGACGGUGGCUCUGUUUUCGCUGAUGUUUACAGCAGAAUGCGUAAACUGGAAACCAAGAUUUGAAUACAAAUACAGUUUUAAAGGACCACACUUGGUGCAAAGCGAUAAAAGCGUGCCAUUUUGGGAAUAUUUCGGUGAUUCAAUUGCAAGUGAUGAAAACAUUAGAAUAACACCUUCACUGAGAAGUAAAAAAGGACAAGUAUGGGCCAAAAACCCAACAACAUACGACAUGUGGUCUGUAGAAAUGGUUUUCAAGGUCACAGGAAGAGGUCGUGUGGGUGCCGACGGAAUGGCACUUUGGUUUACGGAGCAGAAGGGCGUUGAGGGGCCGGUGUUCGGCAGCAACGAUCAGUGGAAAGGACUUGGACUCUUCCUCGACUCGUUUGACAAUGAUGGACAGCACAACAAUCCUUACGUGAUGGCCAUGGUCAACGACGGUACAAUGAACUACGACCACCAAAGUGACGGUCUACAGCAGCAGGCCGGAGGAUGCUUACGUGACUUCAGGAACAAGCCGUACCCCGUCCGCAUCAAAGUCGAGUACUACAACAACAUUCUUACUGUUUUCUUCAACAACGGACUGACCAGUAACAAGGACGACUUUGAGUUGUGUCUGAGACAGGAGAAUAUCCACCUCCCUAAAUCUGGCUACUUCGGGAUCUCAGCAGCCACUGGAGGAUUGGCUGAUGACCACGAUGUGCUGGCAUUCCUGACUCAUUCCCUGAUAGACACAGACAAACAGCCUGAUAUGCAGCAGGUGCCUGAACAAGAAAAACAAAAAUACGAAAAAGAGUUUGAUGAUUACUACCAGCAGCUGGAAAAACAAAAAGAAGAAUUCCAGCAGCAGCAUCCGAACCGAGUCAACCCAGAUCUGGACAUGCCUGGCAUGUUUGAGUCACAGGGCGAACAGGAACUGAAGAUGAUAUUUGAUGGCCAGAACGAGAUGCACAACACCCUAAAAACGUUAAACAGGAAACUGGACGAGUUACUAGGCAGACAGGAAAUGGUAUUGUCCAAGAUUGGUCAGCUACCCAGCGGUCAAGUACAGGGUGGAGCGCCGCCACAGGGAGGGAACCAGCCUCAGCUCGGCUCUACAAUACAACGGCAUGAAGUAGACAAAGUUCUCAAUAAUCAAAAUGAUAUCAUGUUAAACGCUAGAGAAAUAAGAAAUAUAAUUAAUGAUGUACAGCAGAAAGCGAGUUAUAUACAGAAUAACGUAGGUACAGCCCAACUGGGAGGAACAGGCGGAGGAACGGGCGGAGGAAUCCCCGCCGACAUAGACCAGAUUAUUAGAGAGCUACAAACUAAUGUACGCUCCGUUAAAUCUGACACGCUCGGUUUGAUGCAGAGGCCGACGCCGACAGCGGGAAAUUGUCCUCCAGUAGAGUCGGGUUGUGUGUCACCGUUCCUCUUCUUUGUCGCUCUCGGCGCGCAGGUUAUAGUACUUAUAGGGUAUAUGGUUUAUAGGCAAAGUAGAGAAAAUCAAGCUAAGAAGUUUUACUGAGCCCACCGGGGAAUGUAAUUAACACAAUUUAAGACUUUAUACAUAAACAUUUCAUAUUUAAUUAUAAAAACAAAAAUAAUAACAAAAUAAUCAGAUUAUCAUGUUUCCAGAAACUGCUCAUCUUUAAUUUGUGUGUAAGUUGUAAAAGUAGUGAUUAGAUUUUUUAAAAAAGGAAGAUUGUUUUCAAUGAUAAACUUCAUGCUGAAGACUCGAUUGAUAAAAAAAUUAGAUAUUUUUGUAACAGAAAUAUAUCACAGGAGUGACAGGGUACAUUGGACACUGUACGAAAAUCAAUUUCAUGGGCGAAAGGUGAAAGUUUGACUGGGUUAAAUUUCCCAUUAUACAACAUAUUUGUAGGUUAUCAGUACUGUUACAAACAGUGGUUAAAUUUCCCAUUAUACAACAUAUUUGUAGGUUAUCAGUACUGUACAAACAAAACUAUGAACUUUUAUGGAACAUUUAAAAAAAAAAAAUCUCUGGUUUUUAUAUUAUACUGUGACAACUGUUGAGGAAACGUUUCCCUCUGAUUAACCAUUCCAUUAUUGUUAUUGUUAUAUAUAGGGAAUGGUGGUCAUUUCCAUGUGCAAUUAUUUUCUAUAAUAUAUAGUCUCAGCUUUUUAAUGCAGCAAUCCUAUGAUUUUCUUGUUGAUGAUGUAUUUUCUGUUUUAUAAACAUAACACUUCUAUUUUCCACAUGGUUCUAAUUUCGGCUGUGGAUGAAUUGAUAUAAAAUAGAUAUAAUGAAAAAAUUGUCAUUUGUGAGAAUAGGUCAAAGAACUUGUCAUAUUUCACACAUAGUGCACUAUAAAAAUAAACACUUCAAACUAACUUUUUGUGUAUUAUGAAAAGUUUGAUUGUUUAGAUUUUUUAAAACAAUGUCAGUUAAUCAGGAAUCUUUACUGAACUACAAUAUUACCACAGCUAGCCUGUGCUAGUGUUCUAUGUACCUGCAGGCUGGUCAGUGUCAUUUUACCAGGUUUAGAAAUGCAUUACAUUGAACCUAUGAUAAGUAUUACAUUUUUAUCAAGAGACAUAUUACAUAGAACUUUCAAUAGAUUUUUUUUUUUAUCUGGAAGCAAAGUUUAAAUUGACAAUAAAUGCGAGAAAAAGGAUACAAGUUGUGUUUGCAAUGUAGCGUCAUCUGUAGAUGAAGAAAUUGGCAGAAGAUAUUUUCUGAUUUUAGCUUUUAAUUUCAUGUUUUUUUAUUUGCUAAAUUUAGUGUUGAUUAAAGCGAGAAUUUGUUGUUUACAUGAUUCACCCCUACAUAUCUAAAGUAGACUUGCCCAGUCUUUACUUUGGGAAGGUUUAAAUGUGACGUUAGUGGUGAGUGGGUUAAGUGUUUCUGUUGAAUGAAUGAGAUUGCUGUGAUGUGUGGAGUGAAAUAGUGUGUGAUAAUCUGAGAAUGUUAAUACAAGAUCUGGACGAGUAAGAUGUAAAAUCUAAUUCAAACAGCUAAUUGUUAGGAAGGUUUGGAUUAACCUGACAUUGUUUCAUAGUAAAUUAGAAAAAAAUGUGUUGAUCAUGAAUAAAUUAAUAAUUGUUAUAAAAUGAAAUAGAAGGUAAUGUCUUCAGUUUAAUUAUUGUUACAACUGUUUUGUGACGCUAAUGAGAACAUGACACACUGAUUGGACCUGUUGUGAAUUUGUGUUUGGAGACUGUGUAUUUUUACGUUGUGUCGUGAUACGUGUAACAUGUGUAAACGUCCCCCAUCAGUACCCACCAUUAAUAUUUUAUCAUUGUUAUGUAAGUGGUAGUAACUUAGUUAUGUCAAACACAGGUAAAAUCUAAACACAUUUUAAGGGUUAUUUUAAUGCUUAAAGACAAUGUUGAGCACUGGACACGGCUUAAUUGGUAGUGAUGGAUAAACUCAUUCACCCCUGAAAUUUCACAAUGCACUUUUCCAACCUUUGAAUUGGAAGUUUAAGUGUGUUUUCAGGGGUGAAUGAGAAUUUUCAAUGUUGAAAACUAUCAUUAAAUCAGAAUCAGGAUGCAAACUUCAGAAAAAAAUUGUACUUGUGAAGAAAUCUGUACAGUUGUUUUAUAUAGAAGUAAAACUGUGAUAAAAAUUGAUACCAUUAAAAACAAGCCAGACUAAUGGGCAAAACUAAAAUA